GAAUUCCUAAAUAUUUGUUGUUAAGUGAAAUAUUUCACCAUUUAUAUCUCAAAAGUUACAAAAUUAUGCUUUCAUUUACGAAUGAAUUAAAUGAAUUAUUGGUGCAAUAUCAUUUCGAAAGUUCAUAAAUAACAUCUAGUGAUAUUUCACAUUUAUUUUGGUAUCGAUUCAAUUUGUUUUCCCAGUGUUUUGGUUUGUGUUCACCGUUGCUAUCUAAAAAUAAAUCAAUAUUGAUGCAAAUUAAGCGCUGUAUGGCGGUCGUAUGAAUGUUCAUCCUUCCAUACAAAUCUUGUCCCAGCUUGUUUUAGAUACCAAAGGAAAACUGGAGAGUUGAAAUGCAAUAAUUAAAGAUGUCUAGUGCGUUAGUAGAUACAGAUAUAGAUCGGUUUAUCAGAGAACAGAAAUCAAAACUAGCUUCUGAAAAACAUGACUUGAACGAAGAUGAUAAUUACUUUAAAACUAGUCGUCGACAAUGGGCAGAGCCUGAUAAAGAGAAUUUUAUAAUAGCCGGUAGUAAUGAGAGAGAUGAACGUGCUGAAACUCCUGCACACCAAGGCUAUCCUGUAGACAAUCGCCAAAUAAUCAAGCAACGUAAAGAAUUGUCUGAUCAGAGAAAACAAGAAUAUAAUAAUUAUUUAAAGACUCAUACGGAUAAUCGGAGAAAACCAAAGAAUCUCACACCAACUCAAAAGAGUAUUCAAGUUGGGGAAUAUGAUAAUAAAAUUAAAGAGAGGUUACAUGGUCAGAGAAAGAAGGAAUAUAAUGAUUAUUUAAAUAAGGCACAGAAAAAGGGCAAAACUAAAAGAGGAAGAAAUUUUAAAUAUCACAAUCAUAAUGCAGUUUUAACAGAUCGUUUUGAUCAGCAUGAUUAUGAUGCUGUUGCUAGGCAGCAUCAGGAUGAAAACUAUCAUGACUACGAUCUUCAUCUUCAGCUUGGAUCUCCGGUAGAAUAUUAUGAAACGAAUGAUGUUUAUCCUGAUAAUGAUACGUCACGUGUCGCUGGUUUACCAGUUGGUCAGUAUGAAGAAAAUAAAAAACGUAAUGCUGAGGAAACUAAACGCAAAUAUCGUGCCGAUUUAGAAAAGCAAUUGAGAGAAAAAGAAAAGAUUAUAAAAAGACAACAUGGUGUUAAAAGUAAAAAAAUCUCUCGAGACGAAAGAGAAAAGCAACUGAGGAUUAGAGAGGAAAUGUUGAGGAAACAACUGAGAGUUCAGGGCAGCCCUCGUAGAUCUAUUGAGAAAAGAGAUCGUAAGCUGUACCAGCCAGUGCAACCACAGCGUUGUACAUGUGGUUAUAAUUUUCCACGAGCUGAUGCUGAGGAACGAGCAUAUCUUGACUUUAUACAUCUAAGAGACAAAUAUGACUUCAGAUAUCAAGAUGAAUAUGAUGAGUGGCAGAGACGUCAGUUGGCAGCAUUGUCAGAGAUUGAAAGACGACAGUUAGAAUUGCGUCUGAAAUUGGAACGAGAUCUCGCUCUCCAUUAUUUACAAAGGGAUGCUAUGGCACAUCUCUCAGAUGAAGAAAAGGAAGCGAUUCGACAUUGUCCAGUUCACAUAGCAAAAUGUAGUCCCUGCGCUAGUCGCAGUCCAAGUCCUCAUAUUGACCCACCUCUCUACGAUCCAACUGAAGCAGAGAUACUACGACAGUCAUCAGAAACCCCCGAGCGUCUAUUGAUAGGAGAAACAUCAACAGAACAUCGUGAGAAACUAAGACAGGAAAGGCAACGUGAAUACAACGAUAUGAUGGCACAGAAGAGAAGCAGAGCCCGCAGAAAUAUCCUGGGCGAUGAUGAAGAUAGUGGGUGGGGCAUAUUUGGUAAUCGGUCGGAGGAUGACCGUAAACUAGCCAAUCAGAGACGUGAUGAUUUACUUAUUAAUGACAAGAAAAUGGGCACUCCUCGGACAUGGAGAGAACCGUCGAAGGAAGAAAUUCUAUUGGAUGACAAGAGAGAAAGUUAUCGCAAAAAACUUGAAGAAGAAAGGAAAAAUGAAUAUAAUGAACAUUUGAAGAAAACAAUGACAAACAAGAAAACAUGGCGAGAACCAACAAAAGAAGAUUUAUUUAUUAAGGAUUCAGAUGAUAGAAAAAGAAAAUUACAGGAAGAAAGGAAUAAAGAAUAUAAAGAAUUAGUACAGAAAAAAGCUGGAAUUGGGAAAAGAGACUGGCGAGAACCAUCCAAAGAAGAUCUGUUUAUCAAAGACUCAAAUGAUAGAAAGAAAAAAUUACAAGAAGAAAGGAAUAAAGAAUAUCAGGAAUUACUACAACAGAAAAAAGCAGCUGAGAAAAGUCAAGACUGGAGAGAGCCUCUGAAAGAAGAUCUUUUGAUCAAAGACACUGCUGAUAGAAAGAAGAAAUUAGAAGAAGAAAGGAAGAAAGAAUAUCAAGAAUUAUUGGAGAAAAAAAAUCUUCGACCAAGAGAGUGGAGGGAACCAUCAAAAGAACAACUUUUCAUAUCAGACACAUCAGACAAGAAGAAGAAAUUACAAGAACAGCGAAAAGAAGAAUAUAAUCAGUUACAAAAGAAACAGACACAAAACAGAUAUCAUGAUUUACCACCUAAACCUGGUACACCAGGGGGAUUCUUAAAUAAACUUGGAUCACAUGAAAAACAGCGACAGAAAUUACAAGAAGAAAGACAGAAAGAAUAUAAUCGUAUGCAGGCAGAGAAAUUAGGUCUACAUGAUUUUGACGAUCACAGAAUGUUGAAAACAAAAGAUGAAGAAAUAUUUGCAACAUUACCAGGACUAAAUUAUCAUGGUAGUGCCACGCAAAGAGCAAAAGCUAGAGAGAGAAAUGAGGAAUAUAAUGACUUUAAGCAGGUGUUUGAUACACCUAGGAUGGGUAGAGGUGAAGAACCACCAGGUGCACCUAGGAAAGGAUGGGGAACACCAACAUAUGAAGAAAUGUUAGAAAAGAAAAGAAAUGAAGAACAGAGAUACAGACGAUUAAAUGAUCCAGACUAUUCUCGUCCUGGAUUAAAAGCCUAUAACAGUGAAGGGGCACUCCACAGACUUGAGGAUGAGAAGAGAUUAAAAGACAUAGAGAAAGAUAUAUCAACAAAGAAAUCUGUUUUACAAAACGGAAUACUGGAUGAUCCUGACUGGCUUCGAUCAAGUCACGAAGCAGAGCACGAUCGAACCUAUUCACGCCUGCUCGAACGAUUAAAAAAUUGGAAUGAUGAUACACAGGAAGAUGAUAUUAAAAAGGAGGAACCGACCAAGGAGACACCAGUUAACAAAAAAGCAUCAAAGCAAGAUAAGCACUUACCACCUCAUGGACCAGCAGCACAUGCUCCUGUAUAUCAUGAUUAUCCUCCAAGAGGAAUUAAAGACGCUCCGGCAUAUCUCCCUGAUGCCAAUAAACAUCGUUUUUAUGCUUCAUUACCUGUUGGUGAAGGGGAAUCCCAGAAAGAAUUACAGAAAAGAAAAGAUGCAUAUAAAAAAGAAUUAGAAAGACAGAUGCAAGAAGCUGAAGAAGCUAGAAAAAAAAAUAGAGUAGUAGAACCUCCUCAAGCUGAGGUUGCAAAACAGCAACAGCCAGUUCAACCAAGGGUAAUUGUUAUUCCUAAUGUCCAAAAACAACCUGAAGUUAUACAAGCUGCUGCACAGCAACAAUAUCAAUUAGCAACAGGUGGUGAUAGGUUAAGUCCAAGAGCUGAAAUGUUGCUGGGAAGAACUCGUGAUCUGGAGAGGUUGGAGAGAAGACUGAAAAAAAUUGAACAUCAACAGCAUGGAAUUUCACAGUUAGAUUUAGCAGAACUAGAUUUUAUGUCACACCGUGAUCCAAGAAAACAGAUGCAUCAACCAAGUCAUGGAACAACUGGUAUACUAGAACAAGGCUUUGAUAGAUUGUUAGAUCCACCCAAAGCUGUUGCCAAACCCCCAAUUGGUCUUGCUUAUCAGCCAUCGACAUAUGUAACAGGAGGUCAAAAUUUUGAUAAAUUUAAUUCAAUAGAUCAAGUUUAUCAGUAUUAUGGUGCACAAAAUCCAUUGGACAUUCCUGUUGCAGCUCCAGCACCUAAUUAUGGUGUUGCACCAGCUGUGGUUCCUAGUGGAGGUGUUAUUGUUGAUAAUUAUAGAGCUAUGGGUGGAGGUGGUGGAGGAGGAGGAGGGGGAUAUGUUUCACCUACAAUGGCAUAUAAUGAUCUACGAGGAGUAGGAGAUGCAGACCCUAAUGACGGCACAGAAGCAGAACGUAAAGCCAAACGUGCUCAAGCUCAAAUCUAUCAACGAGAAUUAGAAAGACAGAUGGAGGAAAAGAAAUAUAAGAAAUCUUUAGAAAAACAAGAGCGAGAAAGAUAUGAGCGUAAAUUAGAAGAAGACAUCAAGAAUUAUAAUCCCUACGGUCGAGGUGGGGCAGGUGCUCCUAUGAAAGAUGCCCAGGGCAAUACUGUAGCUGACUUGAGGGCUUUACAGAAAGGAUACAGUCCCAGAUAUGAUACAGGCUACGUUGAUCCAUAUAUUUCUCCACGAGGUGUAGCUCGUGCAGCCUCACCUAAAGAUGAUUUGAUAAAAACUCCACCUGCCCAAACCACAGCACUUGGGGAAGCAACACACGCUAGAGGAGGUCAUGGAAUAUUUGGCCAUCCAAAGACAGAAGCCGAGAAAACUCAGGCUGAUCGUUAUAAAGAAGAAUUAAAAAGACAGAUUGAUAGAAAGAAGCGAGAUGCUGAAAUGGAGAAAGAGAGAGAAAGGCGUGAAGAAGAGAAACAAAGUAAAAUAGUCGAAGAACAGAGGAAAAAAAUGCAGGAAGAAUAUGACGAAGAAAAAAGAAGAAUUAUGGCUAAAGAGGAAGAGGCUCGACUUAGAAAUGCAGAAAUAAUCAAAAUGCAGGAAGACAGAAAAACAGAUGAAGAAAGAUUAAAAGGAGAAUUAGAGAAAAAGAAACAAGAUGAAGCUAGAAUUGAUUAUGAAAGAGAGAGGUUGGCCAGGGAGGAGAAGAGAGGGGAAUCCCCACCAGUACCAGCCAUCAAAUCAAACAAUCCGACCGAUAAAUCAGAAAAAACAGAUGACAAUAAAAAUGAUAAAAUUCAAACAAAAAAUGAUAAAAAUGAGAAACGGUCAUCUUCAAAUUCUGCUUCACCUAAACCUUCCUCGCCUGUCAAUCAGUCUGUUGCCAUAGAGACAGCCUCUAAAUCUCCGCCCAUUCCUGCUGUCAAGACAAACUUACAAGAUACUAAUGCUUCAACUUUGACUGAAACAGCACCUAGAAAUAAUAGUGCUGAUGUUUUGAAUCAACUUGCCCAUAUGAGACGACAGUUACAAAGUGAACGAAAACGAGUAGAAAAUAUGUUGGAGGAAACAAGGAAUGAACCUGAUGUGUAUGAUCCUAGAUUAGUUAAUAGAGUAGCUGUACCAGUACAACAAACACAACAAUAUCAGAAAACUGAUAUAUUUGAAACAGCGCGCAACAGGAAUGCAGUUCAGGUUCGUCGAGCACCAACAGCAGAUCAUGCAAAUCCCAGUGUCUUACAAGAAUUUGAUCAUCUUAAACAUAAAGCGGACACAGAUUCUAGAAAACAGUUCCGUAAAUUAUAUCCUGUUGAUCCACGAACACAGGAAGAACUUGAAUCCCAACAAGCAGCAUUACUCCGACAACAGGAACAAAGAUUGAUGGGAUAUGGACAUUCUCCAAGUGACACAGAUACUAUAGGAAUUAAUUCUACUAGCCCUCAAGCCAUGCUUCAUUCAAACAGUGCCUUUAUAGAUGUUGAAGGAAUGGAUAGAAAUCUUUUCCCUGAUGAUUUUGACGAUUUUCCAAAAAGGAAUGAUUCAGCCAGACAGAGAAGACGAGACAGAGACCAAGGUAGAAGUGACCCUGAGAUUCCACGUAACUAUAAUCCUAUGGGUUCUAUCACUAGCCUGGACGUAGAUAAAAUAUCAAGGAAAAAUGAAGAUAGAUUACAACGACUCAAAGAAUUACAAGAUGAUGUAUCACUGUAUGAUCCUGAUGAUGUUUUAAAUAGAUUUAUGGAGAAACAGUCCCAUAACAGACCCCCGAGUAACAACACUUUACAAGAUGAUUCAUGGCUUUUACCAGGAAAUAAAAAAAUAUGAGUUGAGAAAUGUUCUUGAACAUGUGUUGGCCAAAUAUGAUCUGAUGCUGUAUAUGCAACAAGACAAGGGCAGACAGCAAUACUGUUACAACUGUCCCUUCUGAAGAUAUUUCAAGUCACAUAAUAAUUGUUAUAUAAUUAAUAUUUUUAUUUAUUUAUUUUAGAAAUGUAUUAAUGAAGAGUUAUAACAAUUAUAAAAUAAAGAAACCAAAUAUUUUUUGUUUAUAUUUUUAAUUCAUUACAAUUGUUUUCAUUAAUAACAAUGAUACCAAGUGCUCAUUAUUUAUUGAAAAUGGCAAUAUUUAUUUAUGUAUAGAGAAUUGUAUUGUUUAUAGUGUACAUAUAUACCCUAAUACAUACAAUAUAUUCCAUGUCAUAUUAGUCAUUUUAUUUUGUGUAAGAUAAUGAUAACUAAAAUUAUAUACCAUAUGUAUGUAUUGUAUAUAUUUUAUUUUACUAUGUAUUGUUUAAUGGUCGAGAGCGAGACAUUAAGUAAUAUAUUGUAACAACAAGAGGACCGUCAGGUCCGAGUGUUUUUACAAUAUAUUACGCAAUGUCUCAGCUCGAGACCAUUAAACAUCUUAAAAUACAGACACUCCGCACGUGCGUUUACAGUGAAAUACGUCACUCGAGUCUAAUAUUUGACAAGGUACGAUUGGCAAGUUGCCCGUACGAUUAUUUGAAAUAAUGGUACGCCAACAUCAAAGGGUGACGUCACAUCUGUAUUUUAAAUACACUUAAUUAACAGUAAGGAUGAAUAAGGAAAAGUUGGUUUUACUUAAGUGUACUUACAAAUCUUUCCCCAAGCCAAUUUAAAAUAUAACUUACAAUAGAUAAAUGUUACAUGUACUGAUGCUUUAUUGUCAUCUGGACUGCCAGUUAUUCAUCUUGAUAAAUUUUAAUGAUAAUUUAAUAUUUCAUUGAAUUUUGAUUGAUCUAAAAAUGGAACUGAUGUUUUUUUUUCUAUCACUAAAUAUUGUAUGUAUAUUGUUGAAUAGACAAAUUUUAAUCCCUCCAUUAUUGAUCUUAAAAAUUUGCACAGAAAGGAAAUCUUUAUUUUAGGGAUAAAUAUUUCCAAGUGAUUUAUUAUUUGAAUGUAUGCUUUCAAUUCCCUCCACGGUCUCUAUAAAUGUAUCUGUGAUAUUCUUUUACUUACAAUUUGUGAAAGAACUUGAAAUAAUAUUAAAUAAUAUUAGUUAUAAUAAAUUAUCUAAAUGGA